GGGCAGUUUGAAUCCAGGAGGCGGCAGUAAUGCUGCGUUUGGAGGCCGAGUGCCGUAAAAGCUGAAAGAAGAAGAGGGUUCGGCCAGUGAAGUGUCAUGCUGAGUUCUAGCUGAUGGUGACGCAGAGGAAGAGACGGCAGAUAUCACACCAUCGACCAAGAUAAAGCAUGGCGAUGACUGGCCAGAGCUCGUGCUCCUCCAUGAGUAACCACACCAAGGAGCGGGUCACCAUGGCCAAAGUGACCCUGGAGAACUUCUACAGCAACCUCAUUGCCCAGCACGAAGAGCGAGAGAUGAGACAGCAGAAGCUGGAGAAAGUGAUGGAUCAGGAAGGCUUAGCUGAUGAAGAGAAACGUAUCCGGCGUUCUCAGCAUGCAAGGAAAGAGACAGAGUUUCUGCGUCUGAAACGUACUCGACUGGGUCUGGAGGACUUUGAGUCCCUGAAGGUGAUUGGCCGAGGAGCUUUUGGAGAGGUUCGUCUGGUGCAGAAGAAAGACACUGGUCAUGUGUAUGCCAUGAAGAUCCUGCGCAAAGCUGACAUGCUGGAGAAAGAACAGGUUGGUCAUAUCCGUGCUGAGCGAGAUAUUCUGGUAGAGGCAGACAGCCUGUGGGUGGUCAAAAUGUUCUACAGCUUCCAGGACAAGAUGAACCUCUACCUCAUCAUGGAGUUCCUGCCUGGAGGAGACAUGAUGACCCUGCUGAUGAAGAAGGACACUCUGACAGAGGAGGCCACUCAGUUCUACAUAGCAGAGACUGUGCUGGCCAUCGACUCCAUCCACCAGUUGGGCUUCAUCCACCGAGACAUCAAACCAGACAACCUGCUGUUGGACUCCAGGGGUCACGUGAAACUGUCUGACUUUGGUCUAUGCACUGGGCUGAAGAGGGCUCACCGUACUGAGUUCUACAAAAAUCUGAACCACAGCCUUCCCAGUGACCUCACCUUCCAGAACAUGAACUCCAAGAGGAAAGCAGAGACGUGGAAGAGGAACAGGAGGCAGCUGGCAUUCUCCACAGUGGGAACCCCAGACUACAUCGCUCCAGAGGUCUUCAUGCAAAAUGGAUACAACAAGCUCUGUGACUGGUGGAGUCUGGGUGUGAUCAUGUAUGAGAUGCUGAUAGGUUAUCCUCCGUUCUGCUCAGAGACGCCUCAGGAGACGUACAGGAAAGUAAUGAACUGGCGAGAGACGCUCACCUUUCCUCCAGAAGUUCCUAUAUCAGAGAAGGCCAAAGACCUCAUCCUCAGGUUCUGCUGUGAGGAGGAGCACAGGAUUGGGGCUACAGGUGUGGAGGAGAUCAAGUCCAAUCCUUUCUUUGAGGGGGUGGACUACGACCAUAUCAGAGAGAGACCUGCAGCCAUUCCUAUAGAGAUCAAAAGCAUCGACGACACCUCCAACUUUGAUGAGUUCCCUGAUUCAGAUAUCCUCACACCAACAACUACUCAGGUGUCCAACCAGACUGAAGCCGACCUGAAGAACAAGGACUGGGUCUUCAUCAACUACACCUACAAACGAUUUGAAGGCCUGACUGCCAGAGGAGCUAUACCGUCCUACAUGAAGUCAGGGAAGAGAUGAGCUCCUUCAGACUGGCUUUUUCAAACCAUGAAAAGUGAAUGAGUUGUUCAAACCCCUGCAGAACUUCAGCCCUGAAAGGAGAACACUGCCUGAUCUCCAUGUUACCUGACUGAUGAGGAUUCUUGUCACACAGGACUUUACAAAUAAUAAAGGGGCUCAAUUUCACCCAUUGCUUUCCACCGUAGGAACCGCUGCCUUCAUUUCUGCAGGUCUUCACAUUCUCUAAUGCUUCUGAGGGUACCUUUCUGCUUCCUGCUCAUUCAUGAAAACUGAACUGGGAUUAAAGUCAUUCUCUCCAUUUGCCUUUUCAACCAGUGGAUGCUGUGGGAUGUCUUCACUCCUGAUACCAGCAUCAUUUACAUUCCCUCUCUAGAAACCAGCACCAGUGUGUUGGACCUACCAUGGAUUCCUCUCCUUCAAGACCAGGACAUCCACUCCAUUUACACUUUUAUGUUGACUUAUCAACUCAGACAUUGCAUUAAGUUGUCACUUGAAGUGAAUCAGGUGCUCUUCAGGGAUUCUGUCCAAAUGUAUCUUGUUUUCUAAAAGAGCUCACUAUGCGGCUUCUCUGAAGUGCUGCUGGCUUCUUGAGAUGACCUAACCAAAGACUGUGAGCUUUGUGGUGUUUCUGUUUUAUUUCUCUGUCACAUCUUGGAACUUAGAGUCGUCCUUUCAUAGACCGAUACUUGCAAGCAGGAAUAUUUGAGUGAUGCAUUUUGUGGAACAAACAAAAAGGACUUGUUACAUUUUCGUAAUGACCCACUUGUGCUCAGUUAUCUUUCGCAUAUUAUGUAAGGUUUGAUCCAAUUCCAGUAUAGUCAGGCCUACAGCUCAUUAGUUUAUGUUUGGAUGGGGUGGGGGGCCUUAUUAGGCUGAAAAAUAAAAUAUAUGUUCAUGCGUGGGUUUAACAGGGGCAGAGAGGGUGGUAUCUCAUAGCUGAAGUCACCAGUAUCCCACCGAUGUCUUGAUUUGACCAUUUUAAUGCCACAAACAUGUAAUUGAUAAAUACAUCUUCCCAUUCAAACUUAAACUAAUACUAUUGAUGUAGAUGUAGCAGCUGUUAAACACAUUCAGCUCAAUGGUAAUCAGCCUCCCACUGUUUUGUUGUAGUUUGGGUAAUCCAGCAGAAAAACUAGGAACUUUCUGUAGAAAAUUGUUCCUAAUAAUAAAAAAACAUUGAGUCUGUUGUGUGAUUUACCCUUGAAAAGAUGCAGCUGAGUUGGUUAAAUUUCAGUUUGAGUCUGAAUGAAAUCUCAGACAUAUAUAGGCUUGUGGGAAUAAAUAAUGGUUUCAUAACAAAUAGCCACACAUGAUCCUGGAGAUAAAGCUGUGGUUGUAAAUGGUGUCAAACUCGGCCCUGUCAGUGCCCUGCCCCCUGCCCUUAGUUUCAGUUCUGUUACAGUUUCUUGUUUAAUUCAUCACCGCUGCUUCGAGUGCUGCAUUCACAAGACAUUAGAUGGGUUUGGUUGAAUUUUUAAAAUAUAUUUUCAUAUGUAAGUAUGGUGAUAUUCUUGAGGUCACAAUGUUUGAAGCUGGUUUCAGCUUGAGGGAGGCUAUAGCAUUUUUGUGUGUGUGUGCGUGUGUGUGUGAGAGAGAGACUCACUCAACAUGUUAAGAGUAACUCCACAAUGUAGCAAUACUUGUCCUUCAAACAAGAUCCAUUGUGGAGUUGCUUGUAAAUCUUGAAGCACAGGGCUAAACAUUUUCCAGUGAACACAAUAUCCAAAAUGCUGUCAUAUAAAAUGAAUGUAAAUGAAGUCUUAUGAAGUUAUGGAGAAAGAGGUUUUUGCCACAGUUAUUCCAAAAUGCUGUUUGUGUGAAUGUAGCCCUUUUUUAUUUUUUCCCAUCUUAGCCCUGGCACAGAAAAAAAUGUAUGGUUGGAAUGGUAAAAGUUUUUAAAAAUGUAUUUAUCAUUGGCAUCAUACAUUUCAGAAUUUAGAUUUAGUGAGUUUGAGUUUUGACAAAGAUUUAUCAGGUGAAAUUAUGACCUACACUCACAGGUUUGACUUACUUAGUCAAAAUAAACUUACAUGAAUAAAUACAGUUCUGUAGUAUGUAUCAUAACUUUGACUUAGUAAAUCUCAAAAUUUAGACUUUUGUCAUGUACUGUUAUCAUAAAGAGUACAGUCUAGACCUGCUCUAUGUGCCCAAAACAGAAAUAACUUCUUUUAUGAUGUAGUGCUAAAUAAAAAUGAGUUGAAUUGAAUAAAUUUUGAAUAGGCAGGUCAUAAUUAAUGACACACAUCAAAGUUUUCUCUGCUCAUAAAAAAGUUUAGCAAGCCAGAAUUUUGACUAAAACCAUGUUAGGAUUGACAUUAAUUUUAGAUAUGAUUCAAUUUUGAUAAUAGAAAUUUGGUUCUCUUAUGUCUUCAAGUUUUUGUCAUUCCUAACAUUUCAUCUUUUUCCCCCUCUUUUCUUGGCAGGAAUGAGCUUCCAUAUACAACAGUUGAGUCUGAAAGUUUUUUCUUAUUGCCUGUUAAAACUUGGUGUAUUCAGGUAGUGUGUAGAUGAAGCUCAGCACAUGGUAACAUAUUUUAGAAAAGCACACAGCAGAGGUUUUUUUUGGCAGGGGUUCAUUUUUUAAACAAAUUGAUAUUGUAAAUCUCCUGCUCAGCAUGCUUUUCCCAAACAGCAGAUGAGUCAGUUUAAAGCAAUAGAGCACAUGGCAUGGUUUUAUUGAUGAUGGUGAUGAUGUGUGUGUGUGUGUGUGUGUGUGUGUGUGUGUGUGUGAGUGAGGAAUAGAGAGAGAGAUUUCAGAUUGUGGGUGAGGAUUUGAUCAUCCUCAUUAAAAACAAUGCAAUGUUGGACUGCUUGAAGGUCUGUAUGUUGUUUUCUAAGUGAUGCACAGAUGUGUUUGUAUGCUGUGCUUGUGUCAUCAUAUACCACCUAUGUGAUCUGAGAAUCAUAAAUGAGGGGUUUUGGGAAGGUGGGUGUACAUUAUUUAAACCACUGUUCUCUUUGUAGCGUGUGGCUGUUGUAUUGUUUUUAUGCUAUUUGACAAUGAAAUACUCUGCACUUAG